GGAUAAAUACUGUAGUUUUCUGCCGACCCCCCUGUUGAUAAUGGUACGGUCCAAUCAGGAGGCCAGCGAGACCAUCCGCACGAGCGCAGCAUCAGCUGUGGUGUGUCGGUCGGAGAGUGAGAAACUUCUCCACUCCUCCUCCUCCUCUGCUGCUUUCUUUCUUUCUCCCAAAUUCCCUCCGACACCUUUUUAUGUAACUUCUGUGAGGAGCAGCAGCAGCAGCCACCAACAGGCGGGAACUGGCUGUUUUUUGUGUGUUUUUUUGUUGUUUUUGUCCUAUCUUUGGUCUAUCCGGACACUCUCCGGAGGUUGUUCCUGCCCGGUUUCGAUCCGGACAUUUGGGUGCAACUGGAGUGACUCCACCAAGUUUCCCCCCAUUCUGCCUGAGGAAUGAGAGGAAGAGCCGAAAGUCGCAUGUUUGAAUGAACAAAAGAGCAGAAAGCGACUAUAUUGCCGCCGAAAUGGAGGAAAAUACUCUACCAGCAGCAACAUCUCCUCACUCAGAUCUCAAGACCAACCCUACGAGGCCCGACCCCGAGGGGGAGAGCAGCCCCCCGCACAUGGAGAACACGGAGAGAACGGAGUCUCCGGCCAAGAAAAACCCAGAUCGGAGACUGACGACCCCCACGAAAUCAGACGUCAUACCUCGCUCACCGGACUCACCUGCAUCACCUGUCCCCAGGUCCAAGAGUGUUAAAGACAUCAUGAAGUCAGAAGACCGACAGAAGCUGGCCAAGGAGCGGAGAGAGGAGAAGGCCAAAUAUCUGGAAGAGCUCAGCGUGUUGCAAGCUGCUAAAAAGAGCCAGUGGCUGGAGAAGGAGGAGAAGGCACGGCAGCUGAGGGAGCAGCAGCUGGAGGAGCGCCGCAGGAAGCUCGAGGAACAGAGGAUCAAGGCGGAGAAACGGCGAGCUGCCCUGGAGGAGAGACAGAAACAGAAACUGGAGAAGAACAAAGAGCGAUAUGAGGCCGCCAUCCACAGAUCAACCAAGAAAACAUGGGCAGAAAUCCGCCAGCAAAGAUGGUCCUGGGCCGGCGCACUCAGCCAGAACUCCAGCCAGAAAGAAGGCAGAUGCUCUGUGUCAACGGUCAACCUGCCCAAACAAGUGGACUCUGUAAUAAACAAGCGACUGUCCAAGUCCUCCGCCACGCUCUGGAACUCCCCCAGCAGAACCCGUAGUCUUGCACUGAGUCCCUGGGAGAGCAGCAUCGUGGACCGGCUGAUGACGCCAACACUGUCUUUCCUCGCUCGGAGCCGCAGCGCUGCCAGCGUCCUCACCAAUGGCAAAGAUGGUCACUCUCCUCUCUGCCCCCGUUCAGCCUCAGCCAGCCCCCUCACCUUGUGCGCCCACCAGCCCCACCACCGCUGCUCCGACCGCUGGAGGGUGACGUCCAGCACGCCCGACAUCACCCAGCGCCAACACCGACGCAGCUCCACGCCCAUGGAUAAAAACAAGAAAGAAAAGAGGGACAAAGAACGGGAGAAUGAGAAGGAGAAAAGUAACCUCAGUAAAGAGAAAGUCCUCAAGAAGAGACAGUCUCUCCCCAGCAUGAGACACAGACCUGACCCCAGUCCCAGUCCUUUAUCAAGACAACGGCCGUCGUCCCCGGCAACGCCUAAGGGCAGGACGGCCUCUCCCAGCCCUGCCGCCUCCCCAAGACCUCCAUCCACACGUGGAAGUCCAUCGACUCCCAAAGCUCGGCCCAAAAGAGCCCGGACCCCCGCCAGGAUAGACCACCGCACCUCCUCUCCCAUCCCCCUCGAACGAGUGAAGGAGCCACGCAGGCCGGCAACUCCCGAAAGCAGAAAGAGUUCCCCUGCCAUGGCAGUAGCCUCCCCCCAUGCAUCGAGCACACCUGUUCCAGCCACUGCAGCCUCUCCCUCACCUGAGCCGGCACAUUUAGCUCCUUCUGGCCCCGCAUCGUCCCCGGCACCCUCUCCGUCACCCAAGCCUAUGGCGGGCACCAACGACCCAGAGGAGGCGGGUCGCAUCCUGGCAGAGAAACGCCGCCAGGCCCGGGAGCAGAGGGAGAGGGAGGAGCAGGAGCGCCGCGAACAGGAGGAGAAGGAGAGGGUCCUGAGAGAGGAGAGAAUAGCAAGGGAGGCAGAGGAGAGGAGGCUCCGGGAGGAGGAGGCCCGAGCCAUGGCGGAGGAGCAGCGGAAGAGGGACGAAGCCCAGCGUCUGCUGGACGAGAAGGAGGCGCAGGAGAGAGCCAAAGCAGAGCAGGAGGAGAACCUACGCCUGCAGAAACAGAAAGAGGAGGCUGAAGCUAAAGCCCGGGAGGAGGCGGAGAAGCAGCGCCUGGAGAGGGAGAAACACUUCCAGAAGGAGGAGCAGGAGAGGCUGGAGAGGAAAAGGCGUCUGGACGAGAUAAUGAAGAGGACACGCAAGACAGAUGUGGGAGACAAGAAAGAGACAAAGUCCUCCCCUGUUACAAACGCCAAUGACAAAGAGGCAGAGAGCAGCAAAGCAUCUGUUGAAUAUCAGCCAAAGCCAGAGGUCAACCUGCCCAAUAACAAGACCGAAAAUGGACAGACCAACGUCAAAGAAAGCCCCUCAGUCCAAGUGGUCAAUGGGGUCCAGCCUACGAGACAUGAAAACGGUCUUUCCACCAUAGGAGACACUGCCAACUUUGGAGACAUCAUCCAGCUGGCCAAUCACGGCAACACCACUAACGGAGCGCGGGACAAGUCUGAGACCAGCAUGGCCGGAGAGCCCAUCCUCACGUUUGACAGCGAGGAGUCGUUCAUGAAGAAGGCGGGCCCCAUGAAGCCCCAGCAUGUCGCAGAGGUGCUGUGACGUGUCCCAGUGUUGAUCUGCUGGUCGCCUCAGGCCGCCGACCUCUCCCCGCCCUAACAACGCUGCUCGGGGAGCCCCGUGACCCGUGCCAACCUUUUUCUAAGCCCCUGACAGCAAACAUACGUACUUCUUUCAGAAGAUGGAUCGGGCGGCAAAGAUGACGGAACAGUCAUCAGGACACGAAAGACAGAAAAAAAGGAUGGAAAGGUGCAUAAAACACAGAUGCAUCAGUGUUAUUUGUGAAAGAUCUUCAUGGCCAUGCACCUUAAUACUCCACAGUAUCAUCCUGAGUCAUUACUACGACACGCUGAAGUGUUUUUUUUUGUUUUGUUCUUUAGUUAUUUAACUGAAAGAGAGAAAUAUAAAAAAAAAAGACUGGGUACAUUUGUGAAUAAUGUAAAUUAACUUUGUGUGAUGGACAAAGGAGAGAUUAAAGGUCUGUGGAUUAAAGUUGUCAUUUACUGCUACUCUAAGAGAAACCCAGGUAUUAUACUGUACAUCCUGGUCUGUAUAAAGCUACCUGUAACAGUUUUUUUGUAAAGUUAAAAAUUGAGAAAUCUGGAAAGAGAUUUAAAAAUGCAAUUUCACAUGCAACAGCUUCUUACUGUGUGUGAGCUUCCUGUCCGCUCAGACCUCCACUAUGAUUGAUUGUACGCAGAACUGGAUGUAAAAAAAAAAAAUGAGUGUGCAAACUUCAAAAUGUCAUUUAAGGUCAAAUCUCUGUUAACAGGGAUUAACUCCACUAUUUUUUUUUUUUCAUGUGCAAGCAUGACAACGUUUUCUCUCAUUUGCAUUGCAGAGAUUCCAUGGACUCAUAUGUAUCUGAAAUGCUGGUGUGUGUGUAUAUGCUAUAAUUAUUUUGAUGUGCGUUACAAGGUCAGUGGGAGUAUCUAAAGUCUUAUUAAAGACAAGCUGUCCAGUC